UGUCACUUUCAAGGCUGGUUUUCAAUGAUUUAAAUCUUUUAAAAGUAAAACAUUUCAUUGUCACCCAUGGCCCCACAACGACAAAGAUCUGUGCUGAAGAAAGUUGGAACUCCUUACCGAUUUAAGGUGAGGCCAGUAACGGUGGUCCAACAUCCAUUGUUUGGUCCUGAUCCAGUGGUGACAAUAUGCACCAGCUGUGGCAAGGAAGUGACUACAGAAACUAGCAGACAUACCUCAGCUUGUUCAUACAUUACAUGCAUCCUUAGUAUCUUUGUUUGUUUUCCAUGCUUCUGGGUCCCCCUUGUUUGCCCUUGGUUCUUGGACACCAUUCACACCUGUCCGAAUUGCAAGGACACGAUGGGAAUAUAUUCGAGAUUUAACUGACAUCAUCUUUAUCCAAUUAGAUCAAAUGAGGACAUUUUGGAAGCAAAAUGGAAAAUUUAUUCUGAUGAAAAUCAUGUGAUUCUUCUGUUGAAAGCUGAACUUUGCGCGAGUCUUCUUCAUUCCAAGUGCGCUUUUAGAAGACUGCUUGCUACAGAGCAAUUGAUAGGGAUAUUGGCAACCAUAAAUAUGUAUUUUGAAGAAAAUGUAUAAUAAUCAAAGCCCAAAUUUUCAAAUUUUAAGGACCACCUUAUUUCUCGUUUUUAUUCAUUGCUUUCUGUAUUAAAGCAAUGUUUGAAAACGGAAAAUUAUUUUCUA